CUCGGCCCUGUUGUUGAGUUUGUUAUGACAAGUCGAGGCCUCGGACUAAAUUAGGAGUGUAGCCCCCCCUGUGUUUUUGUCCAGGCGAUUCCGCGAUGGAGGGCAUGGACCUGGACCUGGACCAGGAGCUCAUGCAGAAAUUCAGCUGCAUGGGUACAACAGACAAAGACAUCUUAAUAUCGGAAUUUCAAAGGCUUCUUGGGUUUCAGCUGAACCCCGCUGGAUGCGCCUUCUUUCUGGACAUGACCAACUGGAAUUUACAAGCAGCAAUCGGAGCCUACUAUGACUUUGAGAGUCCCAACAUCAGUGCACCAUGCAUGUCCCUAGUGAAGGAUGUGACGAUUGGGGAAGGUGAAUCAGUACCACCGGACACACCUUUCACAAAGACCUGGAGGGUACAGAACACAGGUGCAGAGUCGUGGCCUCCUGGGGUUUGUCUGAAGUAUGUCGGAGGAGAUCAGUUUGGUCAUGUAAACAUGGUGAUGGUGCGGUCUCUAGACCCGCAGGAGAUGGUUGAUGUUAGUGUGCAAAUGCAGAGUCCAGUGUCUCCGGGCAUGUACCAGGGCCAGUGGAGAAUGUGCACGGCUACCGGACUUUACUACGGAGACGUCAUUUGGGUGAUCCUGAGUGUGGAGGUGGGAGGCCUUCUCGGCGUCACACAGCAGCUUUCCUCUUUUCAAGCCGAGUUCAACACCCAGCCUCACCGCAGCCUGGAAGGAGACUACAACCCCUUUGCCUCGCCAGAGAAGUGCCCCAACAGCAAUAACAACAGCUUCCAUGAUGCCAGCGGUCACAUGGUCGCAGAGGAACAUUGGCAGGGAAAGGGCAACGAGCUGCAGCAGGAUCAGAACGGACUCUCACACAACUCUGUGGAUAUAGUAGCGAACAGUCUACAAAGCAAUUUAUCAGUAGUCUCUUAUAACCAGGGUAUACAGGAGCCCUAUCCUUUUGGGCACUCUUAAAUCAUGGGACUUGUCACAGUGAAGCAGCACUGAAUCAUACCUCUGGAGUCUGUCACACCAAUAAGAGAAAGAAGAGGCUUUAUCCAUCUGACAGAAAGUGUGGAGAUUCAAAAACACUUUAUGCAAAGUCCAGCCACACUUUUUUUUUCCUCUUCCUGAUAAACCAGAGGCCAACGCUCCUGACGUGCAGCUCAACCAACAUCCCACAAGCCACUGUAUGCACGCGUGAAUGCUAAGUUAAAACUGAGUGCUAUGAGUCCUUUGAGUGACUACUUUUUUUCUUUUUUCUUUUUUCUUUUCUUUGUUUCUGAUUUUUUUUUUAGUUGUCAGAGUGCAAAUGAAACAUUGACAGGAGUGAGUAUUUGUAAAAUUGUGUGUUCAUGUGUGUGUGCAACUGGAAAGAUAGAUUUUGGAGGAAAAGCCAUUUAUUUUGCCAACUGAUUCUCCGGUUUCUGCUCUGACUCUUUGUGCAUCAAUCGGGCAUCUUCAAAAACAUGAGAUUAGAUUUAAUAAUUUACUUUUUAUCUUAAUUUUGAAUUCAUUAUAAAAGAAAAAAAGAGGGAACAGAAAAAUCCCCAGGAAGUAUUUCUGAAGGUCAUUUAAAGGAUGUCAAUUUUACACAAUGAGUUGUGUAAUUAGGGCAAUAGUUUUUAAUGCUGUUAGAGUGUGUGCACAUUUAGAUACAUUUAGAAACAAUGUCAUUUUUGUCCACUGGAGGGAGUCGACCACUACUCUUACAAACUAGAUGUUUGGACAUCUGUAUUCAAGAAGUAUUUUAUCUAAAGCUGAAUUCUAUAAAAGGAAGUAACAAAACAAACUACAAUGAAAUGGUUUACCACGUAAGCUACAAAAAAAAAAAAAAUCUUGUGGGUCGCUGGAGGUUUCUUCCCAUGAAUGAAAAAGAGUCAUUGCUGGUACUUGGAAUAAACACAUCUAUGAAGUUAUAAUAAAAUAUAAGCAGAAUACUAUAAAAGGUAUAAGGAAGUGUUAGAGAUUUACUCAGUCAUUUUUAGAAUUUAAGAUUUUGCUUCUCUUUACAUGCCUUCAUUCAAAUAAAACAUACAAAAUAAAAGGAUUGAUGCACAAUAUGCCAUCAGACAUUUUCUGCAUGCCAUAUGAGCGGCAGUAGAGUAAUAACUUUAUAUUUAAAAAUCUAAAUUGUCAUCCUAAAGCUGUCUUGGACUUUCAUCAUAUUAAGUUGAAUGUAUUCGAUGAAUGUAUUAGAGGAUAAUGUAUUUGGAAAUGUAUUAAUUUUCCCAAAGAUUUGACGUUGUAUAUUUUCAAGGAACAUUUUUUUAUUGGUGUCAUUAUUGUUCUGACUUCUCCUGUCUGUCACAUUUGAGUCCUGCAAAUGUUCUCAUGAAUCAUUGAUGAGCUUCUUCAGCAUGUCAACCUUGAAUCAUAUUUGAUCAUUUAAGAUGCAAACUUCAACAACACAAGUUUAGAUCAAAUGAAAAAGACUGAAUCACAUCACUGCAUAUUAACUUGCACUAACUGGCUGAUCUAUGCACUGAGUAAGAGUAAUGCGACCUCCACGAUGAGGCCCGUGCGUACUUUACUCCUCGACAGGUACAGUUAAGUCCUGAAGGGUUUAUCACCUCUGUGAUUUUAUCUGAGGCUCUGAGUUAGACCACCUUGUCAGGUAAAUAACGGUUUCAUUCAGGCGCUAACUGUUAGCCCCAGGGUCACUUCGCUUUGACAAUACCAGCCAGUAAAUGAUACAGCAUGUGGAGUGAAUCUCUGGGCUACAUUGUGUUUCAUUUAACAUUUCCUGUGCGAGCUGGUGAUGAUGAUGAUGAUGCGUGUUUCUCUAUGCCGUCAGUGUCAAUUCAUCAAGUGCAAAAAAAGUGUUUUGUUCUCAGUGUAGUUCCUCUGAAGUUUCCACCGGCCAGAUUGCAGAAUGAAUCAGUUGGCAUUGGACUCAUACAACAGCACAUUUAUGAGAGUGAGGAAGUGCAAACAGAUGAAAGCUUUUUUUCCCCCCUUGUGUGUUUGAUGAAUGUUUGUAUUAAUAAAUUAUCACAGAAAACUCAA